GUUCUGUUAACUGUGUGAUAGUGAACUAAAUUACUAACUGAAAAAGUUUCUACCUUUGUAAGCACAUGCUAUGUACCUAGGCCUUGAUCUUGACUAUAAAAUCACUCUCCUGUUUUUUAAUAAAUCGAUUUCUCUUUAUUCAAUUUACAUCCUGCUCACUGCCUUCCUCCCACUCACCCCGCUCGCACAAUUCUUCCCCCAGGUUCCCCUCCCCUUUUCCUCUGAGUCGAUGGGCCACAUUGUAUUAAUAGGUUUGGUAGGACUCAUGUAGUAUCUUGGUUUCACAGCAAGUUCAAAUUUUUAUUCAGAUUCUUGAUUGCCUGGUGUGUGGACCCAAAAAAACGGGCCAGUCAGAAUCUUGUCAAUGACCUAAAAUUGAUUGCAUCACUGUUCAUUCGUAAUACUAUGUACUGUCAAAGCAGAGAAGUUAUCUACUUCCUUUUGUCCUGUCCCUUUCUGGGCUGUGACUACACUACUUUCAAAGGUCCUGAACUAGAUUCCUGAGCAUUGAAGGUGUAUACUGUGUGGCUUCAGCACACUCUAACCCUAAGGAGCAUGCUUAUGUCACUCAAGAAUCACUGGACAAUCAGGGCAUCCAGGCAGGCCAAUCAGGAGAAUAGGAGGGUUCUUCCCAGUACUUUGUGCCAUACUGGAGGUUCAGCUCUAUGGUGAGUCUUUGACAGCUGCCUGUUACUUGAAAGAGCAGGGGCAUGAACAUUUGAAGCUGGGGACGUGGGCACUUCCCGUGGCUGGGUGGGAACCAGUGGUCUGAUGCUCUAAGACAUCUCUCCAGCCCCAAGUUAAACACUUUUAAAAGUUGCCUUAGAUAUUUUGUUUUAUCACCAGCAGCUGAGAUGUCACUGGUACAUAGCCAUAACCUUUUACACCUAAAUGAGUUAUAUCAUGGAAGUAAAGAGAAGUGUGAAAUCUAAACAGGUUGCCUUAUCAAUGAAAUUCAUAGGUUUCUUUCCAUGAGUUUGCAAAUACAGAAACAACAGAAGGGACAUCAGUAUACUUAAGAAGACUCAUGAUACUUGUUAGAGUUUUUCUCAAGAAAAUACAAUCGUGUGGAACUUAACAUAAGCGGGCUAGCUAAAGAUCAUACCACAUUCUCUGUAGUCUUAGAGUUCCUUCAGUAUUAAUUCUCUCUGGUCCUCAAAGACUUCUGUAUUAUGCAAAGGCUUUGACAGACUGAGUACACUCUCCUAAUUUUACUUUCAAAGAGACCAUGAAGUGUUGACAUUUACCACUGUAACUGUAUUUAUAGAUUUUCUUUUAAUUUUUUAUUAAGAGACAUCUCUGUGUCUUUGUGAUAGGAUAUACAUACUGGUUUCCCAGAAGAUUUAAACAUUAGAUCUUCUUUUAGAAGGAAUUAUAAAAUGUUGCCAAAAGACUUCAUUUGUUCUGGAAAUGAACUUUUCUGUAUGGCUUGUCUAUGUCUAUAGCACUGUAAAUAUUUUCAAGUCUUUUUAUAUCAUCUUAAUGUCAGGAAAUAGUAAAAGGUUUUACAAGGGAAAAAUCCUAUCCAUGUAAAUGACUUGGUAAAGACUGUAGACAUCAGAGUUGUCUUCAAUUUCAAGAGCAAUACAUCUUGUUUCAAAAACCAAUCUUGUUUCAUCUAUUCUGCAUCAUAGCCUUGAAGGAAGUAAAUUAUUUACCACAUUCACUCAAGUGCUUUUGGGGAGAUCACCAAUGUGGUUGUUGAAACAUUGGUAGUAGAUAUUAACAUUUGCUCUGUGUGUGACAAAUCCAUUCAGAGAGAUUGUUUGGCUGUUCCCGUCUUCCUUCUGUGACUCCUGUUCAUCUUGGAAUAUGCUUUCACCUGGUGAUAGGUAGCUUUCUGCAGCAAUGUAUAGAGUGGGACUCCUAUCAUCUAAGUGCCUCACUGUUUAUACAAAUAUCAGGCUGUGCUUAAUCAUACUUUUCAAGGAAGGCUGCUUGUUCGGAGCAGUUUUGCCUGGUAUUGUCAUUCAUAUUUCCACAAAUUACUUUGAGAGUUGUUUUGAGAGAUUAUAUCUACUCCAUCUUGGGACCAUCCUCUAUCUUAAAGAAAAGAAAAAAAGCCUGAGAACUUGACCUGCAGGAGUACCCAAGCCCCACCCCUGUACCAGCAAGGACCCCACUGUUUGUCCUUGGCCAUGAGUUCCUCCCUAACUACUUCAAAGCAGCAGUUAAUCAAAGGUAGUCUGAUUGUUUCAGAUGUACUUUCAGACUUGUGGUGAUUGUAUAUGAUCUUGCCUUAGAGCACCCACCUGCUGGCUUACAAUAGUUAUCCUAAUAGAUAUUUGUCAGACUGUACUUCCUUGCUCACCCCCUCACUGGGUUCUAUUGUCCUAUAAAAUCUUGUCCUGCUGAGAUUUGGGGCUCAUCCACCUUUCCUUCCUGUCCUACUGUGUCAGAGUUGGGUUGGAGGAGAGCCCAAGCCUGAGUUGUAAUUAAGCUACCCAAAUUCUAUUACUUCAGAAAUGGCUCCUUGGUGGUCUUUGGGGUUAAGGAAUGCUUUCUGGCACAGGAACUACAAGGCCACCAGGACCCAACACAGUAGGUCUCAAUGCCAGUAAUGUCUGUGUCUAUGAGCCACAAUAAUUCUUUUCUAAAUAAUUCUGUAAUUCUGUUCUGAAGAAGCCUAAAACUUUGUAUUUCAUGGAAGAAAUGACAAAAGAGGAUGUGGAAUCUCGCUGCAGCAGAUGUGCUGGUUCCUCAUAGCCAUGGGGCCUUGAGAGAUGUUCCAAGGACCCCAGGGAACAGAAUGCUCCUGGUGUUACUUUCUGGGAAAGACUGAGUGGAUGUGGAACCUCGCCAUAUGGUGUCUUGUUUAUUUUUGCUCUCUGUCACUUUUGUCCACUCUUGUUUUCUGUUUCUUGUUAAGGGGCACCUUUGAUUUUGAGGGACUGAUAAUUUUGAGAUUAGAAAACCCACCCUCUUCACUUAACUUCCCUCCUGUACCUCCCCUAUUCUUUAUGGGGCUGAGAGUCCCAGGCUGAGGAACAACAAUAUGAACUAACCAUUACCCCCAGAGCUCCCUGGGACUAAAUCACCAGUCAAAUAAAGCACAUGGUGGGGCUCAUGGCUCCCCUUGCAUAUGUAGAAUAGGAUGGCCUUGUAGGUCAUCACUGGGAGGAGAGGCCCUUAGUUCUGUGAAGGUACUCUGCCCCAAUACAGGGGGAUGCCAUGGCUAGGAAGUGGUAGUGGGUGGGUUGAUAAGCAGGGGGAGAGGUGAUAGGGGAUUUUCAGACGGGAAACUAGAAAAGGGGAUAACAUUUGAAAUGUAAAUAAAGAAAAUAUCUGAUUAAAAAAGAUUUUUAAAGAUAAUUUGUAAUUGUUUAGAGUUAUUUCCUUAUCAAAACACGUAUUGACUCCCAGGUUCCUUUGCGGACAUAAAUCACGUGGCGGAGGGGGUGGGGGUGUUGGGAAAAUGGGACGGGAAGGUCCCAUGCUUAACUAGCGCCCCCAUCCACCAUGUUUUCCGACGGACUCUAGCCUGGUUUUUUUGUUGUUGUUUUUUUGUUUUUGUUUUUUUUAAAUUGAAAACCAUAUGGAAAUGUUUGGAAAGCUCCAGGGAACCUAGGUGCCCUGGCUUCGGCAGAACCUGGGCUAACAGUCUAGCGCUGCGUGACUGUCCUAGCAGGUGUUCCCGGAGAGAGAGGCGAUGGCAUCUAGUAGUAACUGGCUUUCUGGAGUGAAUGUCGUGCUGGUGAUAGCGUUCGGGAGCCUGGUAUUCGUACUGCUGUUUAUUUUUGUGAAGAGACAAAUCAUGCGCUUUGCAAUGAAAUCUAGAAGGGGACCUCAUGUUCCUGUAGGACACAAUGCCCCCAAGGACUUAAAAGAGAAGAUCGAUAUUCGACUAUCCAGGGUUCAAGAUAUCAAGUAUGAACCCCAGCUCCUUGCAGAUGAUGAUACCAGACUACUGCAGCUGGAAACCCAGGGGAAUCAAAGUUGCUACAACUAUCUAUACAGAAUGAAAGCUCUAGAUGCCAUCCGUACCUCUGAGAUCCCGUUCCAUGCUGAAGGCUGGCACCCCUGUUCUUUCAUGGGUAAGAAUUUACGCUCCUACUUGCUAGAUCUGCGAAAUACUAGCACUCCUUUCAAGGGUGUUGGCAAGGCCCUCAUUGAUACUCUCCUGGAUGGAUAUGAGUCAGCCCGCUAUGGGACAGGGGUCUUUGGCCAGAGUGAGUACUUGCGAUAUCAAGAGGCCUUGAGUGAGCUGGCCACUGUGGUCAAAGCACGAAUUGGAAGUUCUCAGAGACAACACCAGUCAGCAGCCAAAGACCUAACUCAGUCGCCAACAACAAUCCAGGUCACAUACCUGCCCUCCAGUCAGAAGAGCAAACGCCCUAAUCACUUCCUCGAACUGAAGAGCUUUAAAGACAACUAUAACACACUGGAGAGCACUCUGUGAUGGAGCUGCACACGUGCCAGCCUUGCAGUACUCGGGAUAUCUGGUUCAGCAGACCCAGACUUUAUUGGCCAAAGCAUUCUUACAGAACAGUGUCUAAAAGGUCAUUCCCAACCCUUUCUGAUAUUGGCUAAGACCUCAGUAUCUCCCAGUAGCACUUCUUCUGGAUUGGAAUUCAAAUGUCAUUCUUAACAUUUCUGUUGAUGCUUCUUUGAAAAUCUUUGCUUGAUUUUGGCUGUAAAUCACCUACCCUGUUAAAUGCUGUUUAAUCCCAAAGAUGUAAGUUGAGGUGAGGUGUCUUCUGUGUCUACCCCAUUGCACUCAACUGAAUAGAAAUAUUUGGGUUUAGAACAUCUCAAAAGUGGGUAGAAUGUCCUUUGGAAUUUUGUUGCUCCAUUUAAACCAGGUGUAUUGUGACAUGAACAUGACUUUCCUAAAGUGGAAGGAUCUGUCCCCACCUUCACCCAAUCCUUAGGACAAGUAGAAAGGGGCAUUCUGGCACUUGGCAUAAUCUAUGCCACGAUGGUGAGAUAAUGUGAAAAAGUGGUAUCCUCUGAUGUCAGCGUAUUAGUCUCAGUUUACAGAGUACUUAAUAAAACUAACUACUGUAAAAAAAAGAAAGAAAAAAACACGUAUUAAUGCUAGAGCAGCUGUAUUUCCAGCCUAGAAAUAUGUUUUUGGAAAAGUUUUCCCACACAUACUCCAGUGUCCUUGAUCCCAGUUGUUGCUCCUGGUCGAAUAACAUUGUUUUCUUGAUUAAGCUAUAGCUAAAUUCUGAAAUGAACUGCCUGCACCGUCACUGAGUUUAAAACUUACUGGUUUGACUCAUAUCAUCAACUUUCCACUGCAGUAAGGAUUUGCAUGUGGAGCAUGGCUUCUGCCUUCAGACCAGAGUAGGACAGGAUUCUUGUGUAAUUCACGGAGAGAAAUAGUGCAAGCAAACAACCAUUAGCAUCACUGUCUUAGUCACAGUUUGUAUUCCUCCACAAACAUCAUGACUGAGACGCAAACUGGCCAGCUUCUUAGAGCACAUGCCCAUAAGGCCCAUUUCAACUUUUAAACAAUAUUUUCUGACUGUACUUAUGGCAUUUCCACCAUCCAUCUUCGGCCUCCAAUCCUUCCAUAGGCGACUCAUUGUUUAUCAUCUAAGAGCUCUUUUUGCUUGAACAAUCGUUACUGUUUGAAUGUGACCUACGUCUGCCUGCAGGACUUUCCAACUAUGAAGUGAGUUAAUGGAUGAAAUGGACUAUUGGAGGGUAAUAGAAUGCACACACAAGGUACUCUGUCCCUUGAUUGAAUAAGAAGAUGUUCUCUGGGAGAUUGGAAGAAUUUCUUGAUAACUACAAAUUUCCCAGACUAGGGCCCUGUCUGCCCCUGUUGUAGAACUACAGGGCUAGGUAGGUCUGUGCUGUCUCAGUCAUUUGUUCUCUGUUCAUCCAGUAGCAAUGUCGCUGCUGUCCUGAGGUACAGCUGAGUGACUCUAGGUUGAGAUGAAUUCUGGGGAGACCUAGUCAUUAAAAGCAACAUUAAGAGGUAUGUUGUGGAAUCCUGCUGGGAUUCUCCUGUGAUGCAGCAUGAGUGGUCUGUGAGGUAGACCACAAGCAAUACUGAGCUGAGUGUGGCAGCCACUGUUUAGGACAGGAAAUUCCAUGACCAGGAAGAGCAGGUAGGCUGAGCUAUCAGAAUCUGAUCUGCUGGGACUGGGAUGGACUGAGUCAGACAAUGGUUCUAUUCGUCCAUGUGGUGAACUGAGCAGAAACCCUUGGCCUCUCAGCCUUCCUGAGUUUGGAUUUCAUGGGGAGAGAGAGGUUCUGCAUUCCUUGCAGUGUUAAACUGGGGUGCUUAUAAAAUUACUGUACAGUGUACACACUGAGACAUUGUUUUGUCGAUGUAGUGGAAAGGCAAUUCUACAGAAUAAAUUUCUGGUUUCUAGGGUUUCUGAACAUUGCAUUCCACAGACAUGUUUGUGUGAUAAAUUUUACAAAUAGUUUCAAAACUGAGAGAGGAGGUGAUGGGGAUCAGGCUUGGAAGAAAGAUCAGUAGUAGCUGGAGGGUGAGAAAUAUAACAGAUUAGGGUCCAGUUUGAGUCAUUAUUGUGGGCAUUGAGAAGUCUGUGUUGUUUUAAUUUUCUACACAUAAAGCCUUUGGUAACACUGAUCAAAUUCACAUUUUACCUCACAGAGUUGCCUUAGGUUCUUGGUGAAAGCUUUACUAAACUGAGGUGCUGUUUUUUGUAUUUCAAAUGCUGUCCCAUCUGCUGAUCUCCCCUCCCUGUCAUAGAGACCUUUCCCAUUGCUUCUCCUGGCCCCAGGUAUCUUCCCACCUUUGCUCAUCAAGUCUUCCCCAGAUUAGGUGCAUCAGAUAGCACAUUAGGCUACAGGUUUAGGGACAGCCUCUGCUGCUGGGGGCAUACCAGCUUUUGGGGGUUUACAGCUCAGGUGGGUGGGACACAGCAUUGGAUGCGGGCCAAAAAACUGAUGAUCUCUGGCCGGGUAACUUUCUCCAAGUGUACUGGAUGCUGUCCGCUAAUGGCUUCUAGAGACUUGACACUCUCUUAUUCAUAUUGUGGCUGAAAAUGGCUGGCUUCUUUCCUCUUUAUCUCGCUGUACAUUAUUUUUACUUUAUAAAACUCUAUGCUUUAUUAAUUGCUGUAUCUUCACUUUAUAACUCUCUAUUACUAUUGUGUUCUUUAUUAAGCUCUGAAAACUUAACUCCUUCUUAACUUUAUGACUGUCCUGUGCUUCAUGCCGUGCUGGGGAAUCUUACCUCUUUCUUAUAAUCUUGUGGUAAAAUCUACAUUCUUUCUCAUUAUUCUGUGGUACAUUAAGUGCUGGAGAAACUAUUCUUUAUUAACUCUUUACGUCUGUUAUGUCUUAGUAUUGCUAUAAACUUAACUCUUUAUUAUUUCUACAUAAAUAAACACUAAUAUCUGGGGAUUAAAAUCUGCUGGUUAGCCUGGGGAAUAUUAAAUACAAGUUUUUAUUGCUAGAAGCUACUUUCUGGCGAGGGAGUUUGUUAACUCUCUUCAAGAGAGAGAGGAGAGGAGAGGAAAGGAGUCACUCACACAGACACAUAUACACUGGGCAAAGUGGAAAAUAGCUACACCCAUAUAUUUGGAUGAAUGGAUGGAUGAAUAGAUGGAUGGAUGGAUGGAUGGAUGGAUGGAUGGAUGGACGGACGGGUGGGUGAGUCAGAACCUUAAAACGGUCUUAUUCUGAGGUUAGAGAAGGUCAUCAGACAUGAUUAUGUAGAACCAUAACCACAGUGCUGUUAGGUGAUGUGUCCUUGAUAUUUUCUGUAUUUGUGUUCUCUGUCCUUUAUGUAUGGGAGAGUUCUGGCAUGAAUCUUAUCUUUUAAAACUCUUUUCUAAGCCGGGUAGUGGUGGCACACGCCUUUAAUUUCAGCACUUGAUAGGCAUAGGCAGGGAGAUUUCUGAGAUCAAGGCUACCCUGGUCUACGAAUUGAGAUCCAGGACAGCCAGGGCUAUACAGAGAAAUCCUGUCAUGAAAAUACAAAACAAAACAAAACAAAAAAACCAAAUAACAACAACAAUAACAACAAAACCUCUUUUCUAGAUCUUACAUUAUAGACUAGCAGAUAGUUUUGCUCUGUAAAUCUCCAUCAGCCUCAGUGACUUGCAAUGUCCUGUCCCCCAGUAAAUUAUUCAAAGUGUAACCUGGGGGCUGAACCUAAAAGGACUUAUUGAUGACACCAUAUGUGGAAUUCAUGCUGUUUCCUAGGCUGGGUCUUCUUUGGGCAUCAACCAGAGGUGAAUAAGUGAUCUCUCCCUGGGAAAGAUGUUAAUCCACACCAGCUGUACUUGCAGGCUUUAAAUAAUGUUUCUGAGACAAGCUUUCCUAUGUUGAGUCAGGUAGCAUUGAUUCCGCUCUGUUUUUCCCCAGUACAAUAACAUUGUUCUCCUAUUGACUAAACCAACUAAAUACUUAAGUCUAAAUCACUACCACCACCGUGUUUUUAAAUUACUUGCUGAAUCAUGUAUGUAAUCAACUUUUUUAUUACAGUAAGAGGAACAGGAUUUGCAUGAUGGGCAUGGCUUCUGCAUUCACACCACAAGAGAAGAGAGUUUAUUGUGAUCCCUACUGGGGAAACAGUGUAGGCAAUCAGCUCCUGGAGUUGCCAUUAUGACCAAGACCUGAUUAUGACAGGGAGGUGAUUUUUAAUUUUGGAUCAUGUAUUAAUCAUGUUCUGUGAUGAAGACAGCCUAUAUUGAUGGGUGUUUGAUUUGUGAACGUCAGUUAAGCCAAUGAGUAUUCAAUUUGCACGUAGGGUACUGUUCUACAGAUAUAUGUGCAAUCUUAACUGACAUCAUUAAGUCAGCUCAGGAAUUGAAACCCAAGCCAGUGGUUGUAGUUGCGUGUGUCAAGAUACAGGUGUCAGCAGCUAAGAGUCCACAUAGAGGCAAGUUCAAAUAGUGUUUCAUUAAUGCUAUUCCUGAUAUGUGGGUAUAGGCUGCUAGUUUUGGAUGUCAGUAUGUCUAUGCAGUUUUUCAAUUUUAUUUAAGUAUGAAAAAAACAAUUAUUGAGAAGCAGGCGGAUUUCUGAGUUCGAG